AUGUUUGUAUCCAACCAUAUCGGACAGAAUAUAAUAGAUCACAAUAAUUAUGUAUUCUCUACUGCGUACAACGUUCAGUGGUAUAGAGCUCCGUUACAUAUACAAAGAAUGAUACUGUUUCUAUUACAAAGAGAAACUAAGAUGUUUGCUCUGAAUGUCGGUGGACUAUUUAAUGCAUCUAUGGAGUGUUUUGCCACGUUAGUAAAGACUUCGGUAUCUUACUUUACUGUCAUAUAUUCCACGCGGUGA